AUGGGUGACAACAGACCGAAGAGUUCAGCUUUCGAUUUGCUUGGGGGUGCACGACCUUUUCCACCAAGUGGAAAUACCUUUGGGGAGCUUGGGCCUGACGGCCAACCUACAAACGCUGCCAUUGCAAGCGCUCUGCAUCAGCUUGGAGAGAAGAAGCCAAUUCCAACCUGGAAUGGAAAUGCGGAAACACUGCGCUCUUGGCUCAAAGUUUUAGCCUUGUGGGAGUUCGAGACAACACUGCCUAUGAACAAAAGGGGAAUCCGUUUGCUGCAAAGUUUUCAGGAGAAUUCUCAGCCGAGAAGGAUUGCAGAUACAGUGCCUACGCAGGUGUUGCUUUCGCCUCAGGGCUAUUCAGCCAUUCUCACAGCGAUCUAUGAGCGCUAUGCUCCAUAUUUGGAAGCUAGCGCACCAAGGGCCAUUGACAAGUUUCUGUAUGAGGGUGAAAGGCAAAAGUCUGAAACCUUCACCUCAUACGUUGCUGCAAAACAGAUUUCAUUGCAGGAGAUGGAGAUGCAGAUGGGCGAGAAGAUUAGUGAACGUUUAGCUGGACGGGUGCUUUUGAAACAGAGCAAUUUGAACGAUUUGCAAAGGGAGCUUUUGAUGCUGCGAUCUCCUAUUUUGCGGACGUUUGAUGACAUUGCAAAUUUGUUGAGAACGUUGGACCGUCCGGAGAUGCUCAACAGAGCUCAAGGGUCCACCAAGAACUAUGCCACCUUCCAUGACUCCAAUGACGCUCAAGUGGAUGAGGACACCCAUGAGUAUAACGAGAAUCAUGUGGAGGGCGACACGGAUGAUGAUGAGUCGUCUUCCCAAGACGAGCAGGGAAAUCCCUUCAUCUACUUUGAGGACAAAGUCUUCUCUGAACAGGAGUCAAUGGAAAUCAUGGCAUACCAUUCUGCAUACCGAGAUGUUCGACGUGAACUUCAAAAGCGUCGCAAUGAGCGAGGCUUUGUGAAAAGAGGCAGAGAUGGUGCUGGUGGAAAAUCAAAAGGAAAACGUUCCCACAAACCCUACCGUGUUGGCAAGGGAAAGGGCAAAUUCAACAAGGGCUCCAAGGUUGUGAAGUCAUAUGAAGAUGAUUUGAUUUCGAGAACUAGGUGUUUCAACUGCGAUGAGUUGGGCCACAUUUCCAAGGACUGUCCUUUGAAACAAGAGAGCAGACAAAAGGGUGGUUCGUCAACUAUGGGCCCACGUAAGCAGUUUUUGAUGACUUCAACUGGACCACAAUGUUUUAUGUUUGCCUCCCAGCCAGCCCGGUUGGAUGAUGAAUCAGUGCCUUACAGACUGAUGAUUUUCCAUGCUGUCCAAUGCCAGCCUUUCGAAGCCUUGGUUGACACCGCGGCAGAAGAGGCGGUGAUUGGACACCGAGCGAUGGAACGCUUGGAGAAUGAGUUAGCUCAGAAAGGACUUCGAGUGCUUUGGCAACAACAUGGACCUCUUCCUGGAGCUGGUGGAAUUGGAGGUGCGGCAAAGGUGAAAGGGACAGCUCACGUUCCGAUUGGAGUGGCCAAGACCAAUGGGGCACUUCAUUUUACUGUUUUGCAAGAUGGAGCUGAUCACCAAACACCACCUUUGUUACCCAUCAGUUGGCUGGAAAGUGUAGGAGCCAUGGUUGAUUGCAAGCACAACCAACUCAUUUUGGAAAAUGGAGGAUCCACUGACAUGCGGCGAUUGCCGACCAAGCAUAGGGCCAUCAAUAUCAUGGAGUUUGCCGAUGAAGGUUGGGAUUUGCCUCGAGACCUUCGCAGAGAUCCAGAUGUUGAUCCAUUUCUACUACCUCAACAAGCCAAUGCCUAUGCAGCUGUGGAGCAAAAGACAGUCAAGGUUUGGUUGAUGGUGGGCGAUACCCUCCACCAUUUGAAGGACCUUCCAGCAGAACGUUGGUCUAUGGUGAUGCCUUUGGAAUGUGGAAUACAAGACCCAUCAACUUUGGAGCCUCAGAGGGUGACACAUGCCUAUCUCAGAAAUGGACGCCACUUGGUCAUUCGAGAUCUUUGGCAACACUCCUCUGGAGCUCGCAGUUUGGAAGAGCCUUGGAGUGGAUCGGUGAUUUUUGCUUCAGCUGCACAUGUACCAGUGCCACAGGAUGGAACUCAGGGAGUUUCAAUGCCGGCAGAUGAAACCUGCCGUAUGGCUUUCAACAGCCUCGUUUCAACCGCUUCAGCUUCUGGGUCAACAAGACCAUCAUCGUCAUGGGCAAACAUUGCCGACCGACAGUGGAACAACCGCAGUCAAAAUGGACCGCAGGAUGAUGGGUCUUCAGCCACUUUGACAUCACAGACCACAGUUUGCGAUGAAUGCUUUUUGAAACAGUUUGACAUCUCCCAUGAAUUUGAGUUCCCUCCAGUUUCAUGUACCCCAGCUUCAACAUCUUCUACCCCAACAGCCGUUUUCUCCGUGCAUGAUGGUUCACUGCAGGCCUCACCAAUGCCAGCGGCCAGCAGCCAACAGCAUUUGCAGGUGCAGCUGGGAACCACAGAUGACAGAGUGCAAUAUUUUGAUUUGAGUCGUGAUGAUGACGUUUUGGUAGAAUUUCAUGAUCAAUCUCCAACAUUUGAUUUGCAGAUGCCUGAAUCAGCGCAACCCAGUGUCAACAAACAGAAUUUUGGAAGGGCAGUGCAAUUUGAGAAGAUGUUUUUCAACGUUUUCGUUUUCAGCUUUCUCCAAUUUCUUCGUUUUGUUGCCACUUCAUCUACUUCGAAGCCCACACAGAUGCUCAAGAAGCUGAUCCCGAGCAUCUUGUGUCUCUGUGCUCGCCGGCAUGAACCGCCUGCGCAAGGCCUAUGCCAACAUGGAGGAAGCUCCAGCUGGUGGCCAGAAGGCGGAGAGAGCACAGAGGUCAUGGCGAAGGCUGAUGAUCGCGCUGUUCUUGACGAUCAGUUCGAUCAGACAGGAGAUGGUCACAGAAUAUCUCCACCGGCGCAUACCCCAGCCGGAAGACACAGAAAAGACAAAGGAGCCCAAGGAGCCUGCCAGAAAGACCAAAGACCCGAACUACAAGAUUCGACAGGUCAUUGGAGCUCCGCUGACAAGAUCUACGGCUCAGAAGUCUUGGAACAAAACAGUCGACGAGUGCAUCCACGAGGAGGAGUACCUGAGGCAUCGAGCCUCCAAGGGCCACUACUGGUUCACAUGUCUUCAGUGCGGAGGCAGGUGGGAGAGAUUGGAAGCAGCAGCAUCGAGCUCAACUCAGAUCGUGGAGACGGCUACAAGGGCCAGCUAUCCAACUUUCUUGCCACCUCCAAGGAGCAGACCAGACCUCCCGACAUACCGUGUUUUGGUGAAGCCGGUGACGGAUGCCACAACAAAGACUUCGACAGCUAUGGCAAGAGCCUCAACUAUGAAGACCAGAGGACGAUCUGCCGAGAGACUGGAUGGACUGAAUCCAGUGCAACGAUCCAAGACACCAUCAGUGGGACCUACAUGCAAACCACUGAGGACUGCAGCGAUCGAAGUUUUCCAGAUGGCCAACGAGGCAGACCCCAACGAAUUCGACAUGCCGGAAUUCUCCCCGGAAGAGAUUGCCCAGAUGAAUGCCGAGGCCUACAUGGAGAUAGCAAGGCAGGGCAUGGGCGAGGACUUUUGGACGGCCACGGAGGAGGAGCGGCAUCAGUUUUUGGAAGCUAUGACGGAUCCAUGACUUCAAAAGCCUUCAAGGAUCCGAAGCAGAACCAGCUUGAUGACAAGCGCUACGACAAAAAGAAUGACACCACGAACAACACCAAAAGCUGCCGAAAGUUCACCUUCAGGGCGGAGUUGAAGCACAGUGCCCAUCUUGGCAAAUUCAACAACUUGGCCAAGGAGGUGUCAAAGAUUUCGAAGCUAGCAGUGGUGUUGCUAUGCACGGUGGUAUCCACUUGCGAAGCCACUUGGGAUGCCUCUAGAAUUCAUUCCUUUGUACAACUUCCGCACUGGCUGGGCAGUUCCCAGCACCAAUUUUUCCAAGCAGAUGAAUCAACUACAUGGAUGCCUUUUUCAAAUGACUCAGAAUUCAAGGCCAAGCACCUUCGACUAUGUUGGGUUUUUCCUUUGAACAGCUGCAAUCAAAACUGGUUUGCUGAAGAUUUGGAAUGGUCGCAACGACCCCAGGGAAUCCCGAAGAAGGUCAAGGUGUUUUUGAAAUCCUCUGUGAACAGCCAUUUUGGCGUUGAUGUUACAGAGCUCUACAGUCCGCCGAGGGUGACAAAAGAAGCAAAACUGCAAAACUCAAAGGGCCUCAAGCCAGCAUGGAAGGUGGGACAAGCUUUGGACCUCACUACUGGAUACGACUUCAGAUGCCCCAAGACCAGAUUCAAGGUCAAGAAGCUAGUCCAGACUACGAGACCAAGCUUGGUGAUUUUGUCACCUCCAUGCACAGUUUUCACACCCCUGCGGAACCUUUCCAAUUACAAGAGAGAUCCAUUGGUGGUUGCUGCUGAAGAAUCCGGAGGAGAACUUCACUGGGAUUUUUCACUUGAGAUUGCCGAGGACCAGGAUCAUGCCAAUCGAGCUUUUCUUUUAGAACAACCAAAACUGGCAAGAUCUUGGCACAAACCUCGAGCUCAAAGACUUUUGCAGCGCCCCGGGAUCUAUGUCUUCACAGUCGACAUGUGUGCUUUCAAGCUGAUGACAAAAGAUGGCCUUUUAGCCAAGAAGCCCACGUUGUUGGUGACAAACAGCUAUGCCCUGGCCAAGGUUCUUCACCGUAGAUGCUCAGGUGACCAUGUGCACCGAUCGCUGAUCGGAGGAAGAGCGGCUGCCGCUGCUGAGUACUCCAGACCCUUUGUGCGUGCAAUUUUGCAGGGUCUUCGACAGCACUUGAAGUUCCACGGGGUAACCUUCAUGGAGGAGGACACCAACAAUGCUGCAGCUCAAGAUCUACCGGCUAUGUCAACUACGAUGUUCCAGGCCGUGCAGGCAGAGCUACAAGUUUGGGCUCAACCUUUGUCUCAGUUUGCAAUUUAUGAAGAAGAUUUCCAACAAGAGCUGGAGGUUUUUCACCAACAAGUGUUUCCAUCACAAAGAAUUUUGGGUGGCGAGAGUGGGCGCCUUCCAACUUUGCGUCGUUUGCCGCUGCCAACCAUCGAUGAAGAUGCUGCAAGAGCCAUCGACCCUGUGAUGGAAAGAACGAAAAACCAACUCAGACCUUUAGCAGAGUCGGAUGAACUUCAACAACAAGCUCAAGAUGCUCGCGAACACACUCGCAAGGAUGGACGGCUGACAAUCCCAGCCGAACUGAGAAGAGAAGUGUUUAGGUUGCAUCGCAACCUGGGUCAUCCUGACCUUCAAACCUUUUUGAGAGCCUUGCGUCAUGCCCAGGCAAAACCUGAAGUGGUGGAAUGGACCAAGAAGGAGUUUCGAUGCCCCAUUGGCGAAGCUUCGAGAAAGCCAUCCAUUCCACGACCUGGACAUUUGGUUCGCAGCCUUGAGUUCAACCAGACAGUUGGGACCGAUGUGGUCUACUUUGAAUGGAAGGGUGUGAAGUACCCCCUGAUGAACAACAUGUGUUGGGGCACCGGCCUUCAAAUCAUGACACGAAUGGAGCAAGUCAAUGCCGAGAACACCUACCAAGCUUUCCUGGCGAAUUGGGUGAUCCCGUUUGGAGUUCCAAACAUCCUCAUCAUGGACCAGGGCCGUGAAUUCUUCGGUGAAGAGUUUUCUCAGAGAAUCAUGGAGAUGGGAACCAUGGUCCACUUUACGGACACCAACUCUCCAUGGCAAAAUGGGAGGACAGAAAAAGCCGGAGGCAUUUUCAAGGAGAAACUGGCCAUGGUUUUGGACGAAACUUCGGCAAUGACUUUGGAAGACUUGGAUAUGUGCAUCAAGGAGGUGCAGAUUGCCCGCAACAGGUAUUUUUCCAAGUCAGGCUUUUCACCUUACCAGCGAGCUUUUGGAGUCAAUCCCAGACUUCCUGGAAGUUUGAUGAGCGAUGACUUCCUCAAUCCUGAACUUCUACAAGUAUCAGCAUCUGCCGACAUGCGCAAGAGCUGGGCGAUCAGAGAAGCCGCAGCCAUUGCAUGGAUGAAACAACAAGACAUCGAAGCAGUCCGCAGAUCUGUGAAAGCCAAAACAAGGAGUUCAGAUUUGAAAGAGCUUGCAGUGGGCGAAUGGGUUUUCAUUUGGCGUUCAAUUCCUGGUUUUACGGGUUGGUCAGGUCCUGGAGUUCUUCUUGUAAUUUCUCCUUCUGAGAAAUCAAUGUGGGUUUCCUUGAGAGGGCACCUCAUGAAGGUUUCCAGAGAACAUUUGAGGUCAGCUACCUCAGAAGAGCAUUUGGGUGCCGAGCUGAUCAAGGAGCUCUCUGCCGAGAUGCUGAAGGACAUCCAAGGUGGUCGCAUCAGACAGUACCACGACCUGACAAACGAACCAACUCCUGACCAAGAGCGUCAAUUAGCCAUCACAACAGAAGCCAUCCCUGAACACGAAGUUCGAGAUUUUGUGGAGCCGGACGAGCCCUACACACCAACAUCACCUCUGCAUGACUUGGAUGGUGACGAUGACGUAGAGUUGCCACCUUUGGAACCUGUGGUCAAUCAACCGGAUGCCACCGACGUUCCAAUGCCAGAAGUUCCAGCAGAAGAUGUCAGCACGAGAAUCCCAUCACAAGCUGCCACAACUUCCAAUGCUCCAAGUUUGAGAAGCGAAGUGCCAGCGUCACGGACUGGAGCAGGAAUCAUGGUUGAUGAAGGGAGUGGAGGAGUUCUGGGUGCUUUGAGAUCACGACAGACCACACCCAGAGUUAGCCCUUAUCCACAUCCAUUCUCCAAUCCACCUUCCUUGCCAUCUAUGCCACCGACACCGAGCAAUGCUGAUUUUGUUAACAGUUAUUUUGAGGUUGUCGAGUUUGAGGAGUUCCGUCCACGACACAACAACUGGACGAACGGGUCAGAUGGAGCAAUGUGGUGGACAGAUCAGAGAACUGGAGCGGUGGGCCUAACACCUCUCUCUCAAGAAUCUUUCACCGCUGCCGACGCUGAAUGCUCUUUCAGCUCCUCGGACAAGUGCAUGUUUUUGACCAAGGUGAAAACUUCUCCUGGCCAGAUUGAGUUCCGCAAGUUGAACGACAAGCACCGUGAGAUCUUUGUGAAAGCACGGACCAAAGAGGUUCAAUCUUUGCUGGACAACAAGGCCAUUCGCAUUUUGUCCCUGGAGGAGAGCAACAAGUUCAGAAAGGAGUUUCCCGACCACAUACUUCCCUCACGGUACGUGGAUCGUUGGAAGCCCACUGGAGACAAGUUUUCUGUUUUACCAGAAGGUUUUGAUGAAGCCGGUUUUGAGCCGAUGAACGACUCUGGAUUGGCUGCAAAGAGCAGAUGGUGCGUUGUUGGAUGGAAGGAUCCACUUAUCCAUGCCAUCGAAAGAAGUGCACCAACACCUUCGUCAACAUCAAUUUAUUUGUUUUUCCAGCUUUCUGCUACCAGGCGAUGGAGAGGCAAAGUGAAAGAUGCCAAAACAGCGUUUUUGCAAUCGUUGCCAACCACCAGAAAAAACAAACUGGCUUGUACCAUGCCACCGGACUGGAAUUUUCCCGGUUGCGUGGACGGCCACUUGGUGCUUUUGGAAACAGAAGUUUAUGGGUUGGUUAGUGGACCAGCUUGGUGGAGGAAAACGUUUCUCCGUGUCUUGACCAGAGAGCUUGGAUAUCGCAUCAGUCCAUUUGACAGGUGCGUGUUGACCUUAGACAGCCCAAGCCAUGCAGCUGAUGCUGAAACCCAAGGAGUGAUCGUCGUGGAAGUGGACGACAUUUUGGAAGCAGGCAAUGCCGAGCAUCAGAAGCGUAUGGCAUGGCUGGAGACAAAGCUCCGAUUUGGCAAGACAGUGGACUUGAUGGAAGAAAAGCAUGGUACUGGCUACGCAGGACGAAGAGUUCGCCAACUUGCUGAUUUUGGGUAUGAAUACAGCAUGGACGACUACACUCAGAAUCGUCUGCGACCAGUCACCCUGGAACGAAAGGUCCUCCUAAAGAAUGCCAAGGAGACUGCAUUGAACGAGUCCGAAGAGGCACAACUUCGUGGCUCAAUUGCAAGUUUGAAUUGGGCAGCUCGCGAAGGACGACCCGACGCAGCUGCUGCAGCUUCAAUUUUGGCAGGAUCAUUUCCAGGACCCAAAGUUCACCAUGCUUUGGAAACGAACAAAGUGGUUCAAAAGAUCAAAGGAACUUCAGUGAAACUGCGAAUACAUCCGAUUCCAGAAAAGGAUGUGAGACAUGUGGUCAUCGCAGAUGCUUCCUUUGACCCUACAGGCAAAACCAAGCCACAACAUGGAUGGCUGCAGGGCAUCACCAGUCCGAAGCUCAACCAAGGACUACCUGCACCCAUUUCUUUGAUUGGUUGGAAAUCAAGGAGACUUCGCAGAAAGGCAGGUUCAACAAUGCUGUGUGAGUCAAUUUCUUUAUCAACUGCACUUGGCGCUUUGGAGAAACAGAUUGCGACCUGGGACAGUAUCAGAAUCUCUCGAUACGAUGUCCGCCAAAGACGCUUGGAAGAAGAUGACUCUGGAAUGCAUGGCGAGCCAACUGUGCUAGCCUCUGACGACCCUCUUCACCAAGAUCCAUUGUCGCUUGCGAUCGUGGAUGCCAAGUCGCUGUUCGAUGGUGCAGCUUCAGAACAAGCGUCUGGUGAAGAUGACAGGUCGGCACUGGAGAUAGCCAUCAUUCAAGACAGCUUGGCUCGAUGCAAGGGCCGCUUACGCUGGAUUCCACACAAUUUGAACCCUGCCGAUAUGCUGACAAAACUCUCUCAAGCACAUGAGUUGAACAUCGAUGGCAUCCCUGCAGGCUUUUUGGUCACCGCCAUUCAACAAGUUGUGGCCUUCGUCGUGCUCCUAGUGGUCGUGGCCGUUCUCUAUGUCACGCCCUAUCGAUAUACGCCGCGGCGGUUGAACACCUGGUCCGAGGUCUUUUGUGUGUUGCUCUUCUCAUUAGCCUUCUCGGCAAAUAUUGGAUUGAACAACUUUAGCCUGUCAUUGCUGGCGGUCUCUUUGAACAUGAUCAUCAGGUCCUGUUUGCCUUUGGUCACGCUCAUCUUCCAGCAGAUCUUAGGCCCUUGUGUUCCUGCCCUGGCCACUUCCGUCCGUGUCGCAGAAGUGGUCUUGAUGGUGGCAGGUGUGGUCUUUGCCGGUCUAGCCACCGUGGCGAAGAGUCAUGGGUCGCACUCCUCAGAGUCCAAGCACUUGGGCCUGGGCGUUUUCGUGUGCAGCUUGUCCGAUGUGGCCUGUGCCGUGAAUUUGAUCCUGGCCAGCGUCUUCGGCAGCGUCCUGAAACCUGCGCUGAAUCCGGUAGACACCAUUUUCUACAUGGCAGUGCCUUGUGCCAUCUGCCUCAUUCCAGCUUCCAUUUGGGUCUAUCAUCCAGUAGAUUGGCCUGGCUUUGGGGAGCUCUCAGACACACAGGUGCUGAAGAAGGUCAUGGAGUUGUCUCCCAACACCGUGCUGUGGGUGGUCCUGUCGGGUGUCAUUGCAGCAGGCUACAACGUGUUGCAGUACACGGUGGUGCAAAAAUUGUCUGCCAGCCAUGCUGCGUUUGCAGGUAAUUUCAACAAAGCGGCAACGAUUUUGCUCUCCAUUUGCAUGGGCUUGGAGUCUUUGCCGGGUGGCUUCUGGACUGCUGUGAUGCUGUCGGCAAUUAUCGGCAACAUUGGAGCCUUCACGAGCUAUAGCAUGUUGAAAUCCAACGAGAAAGCCUUGAAACGAGCAGAGAGCGAAUCGGCAGCUGCCAAGUCUUAG